AUGAGACCGGGGCCGGAAUAUGACUCUGAACCAAAUGCCGCUCGCGCUUCAACACGUUUCGCCCGUGUCACCGGGCUAUCUCAAGAUACUAUAAAGAAGUAUAAAGACGACUGAUGUAAUCAUCUUUAUUAACCUGUCUGUUUUAUAACAUUUAUUAAUUUGCUUCGUUACAUUUGUAUAUUAAGAGAUACCCCUUCCUGUCUUACUGGAGAUUCUUGGCUGAUAUCAGCAUAUCUAAUGGCUAGUGUAGGAACUCACCUAUUGAGGCUUGCCUUGACGUGGCAGGUGAGCUUUUAUAUAUUUAAAUGGAGAUUGGAAUAAAACUAAAGAGCCUCCAUUUUGUUUAAAUGUACAUGGGGAUUUAGGCCAGAGUGCAGGUAACGUUCUCUUUGUUUUUACUCUGUAUUUUAAGCUGUUGGAUACUAAGCUACUGCUGCUGUAAGCGCGGUGCUUUAUCUUUGUGUUUACAUUUGUAUAUUAGGAUGAUAACUGUUAUUGUAUCACUUGUAUGCUUUUAUAAGUUUUUUCUUUAUGUACCUUUUUAACCCCAUUUAAUAUGUAUUGAAAAAUAAACGUUUUCCAGGUAAUAUGGCACUUUUAUAUACUGGUGUUUUCCUACCUCUGCUCCAUAUCUGACUCAGCCCGUCGCCCUUUUCCUGUUUCACAACACCGCCUUAUUUGCUAUAACCUCGAUCUAUCAGCUAAACCCACUUCUCCUCCAUCUCACCUCCACAACUAUAUAAAAACAAAUUAAAAAAUCCCUAUGGGAUAUAACGUAUGUUCUAAGUAGCACAACAUAGGAUAUCAACAUAGGGCCAAAGGAUGUCGGUAAUCGACUCACUAACAGCAUAUAAAAAAACCUAUGGAUAAGGAAACACAGAAUCCACCAACUGAAGGAGCCAGACUUUCGGCAAAAUGCAUUUUGGGGCACAUUUGGUUGUAGCACUUUAUAUCCCAUAGUGACUUUUGAAUUUGUUUUUAUAUUUACAAUUUUUGUUGAAUUUCGUUAAAUAAAUAUAGAGCAUCUUAAGAUCAUAUGUGAGUCUACCAAUCCUCAUUUAUGAAGACAUUGUCUGAUACUAUUGGAACCCUGUGAGUGCAACAAUUUGCAGAUUGUGUCUAUUUUACAGUGUUACACAAUACACAUCUUCUUGUUUUAAGCACCAUCUAUGUCACUGAGUGACACUACCUACAGAAUAUUGUUGUAAAUCCCCCCAAGGAUCCAGAAGCUCUAUACACUAGAGCCAAGUGAUCCUUUGGCUCUAUCUUUGUAAGUGUAUACCUCCCACUUUCAAAUAUUUUUAGUUUAUGUAUAGACUAUCUGCACCAGUAUAUUCCAUUCUGUCUCUUUACAGACUUCAACAUAUUAUACAUAUUAAGGUAUAUAUUAGCUCCUCCCACUGUGUGUUUUUUUUCUUGUAUUUUUUUUUGUAUUUCAUUGAAGUGUGGGUUAAGGCGAUCUCUCAUGGGAGUCGGAGCUUAUCCACUAUACCACGAUUGUUGUACACUUAGAGUUGAUAUAAUAAUAAUAUAUGAGUUCUGACACAGCCUGUAACGUACAACCCAACACGCAGCGUGAAAACCCACCAGAAUAAAUAGAGACAGAAAGAAGGUCCCUAAACCGGUCCUUAGAAUGGCCGGAAUAUAGAAUAAACUUCAAGGAACAUCAGAACAAGUCAAGAUCAAGGGGAGCCAGAAAACAGAAUAGUCGAGGGCAAGCCGGGUCAAAACCAAUUAUAUACCAAAAGGGACACAAGAACACGCUAUAGGGACACUAGUGACACUAGGAACCACAACAGGGCACUGUGCCUUGGGCAGACUGGGAUUUUAUAUGGUUGGGGGCAUGGUUAACAUAGCCACACCCUCAAAAAGUAUGUGAGUGUGCUGAGAAGAGCUUAGAGCUCUUCUGAUGUCAUGACGCUGGCACGCGUGCGCCACAUGAUAAAUAGGGGCGGGCGCACAGCAGUUGGCGUCCCUGAGGCUGACUGGAGCCACCUGCUGCGUGGGAGAAGCGGUCCGCCGGAUCCCAGCGUCUGGAGAUGGGUGGACCGCUACGGUAAGUGUGAGAGGCCUAUCACAGCCUCCUUUUCUGUGCUGUAUUGCAUUAAAAAGGUACAUUUCUAAAGUUAAUUAAGAUAAUUUCUUACAGGACCUUUAAUGUUAAAAACAUUAGAUAUAAUUUAUAAAAUAAUAAGACACAUUAAAUGGAAAGUAUGAAAAAAAUGUAAUUAUUCAAAUUAUAUUUGUUCAAGAUCUGAUUGAUAAAAUCUAAAACUGAGCGACAUGGCAUUAAAAUGGGUAUUUCUUUAUCAUUUCACAUCCUAAUCACAAAAACUAAAACUAUACAGACAUACCGGCUUCAGUACAUUGCCUAUACUAUAACAAAGCCUUCCAGUUAUAUUGUAUUAUAUUUCCGGCCAAGGUGAAGCAUCUCAUCAAGUGACUAUUGAGUAAUUAAACUUCUAAAAGUAGAAAUGUUUAACUAGAGUUAACCAUUAACUGGUCAAGUAAAAAAUGUAAGGCUGAAUCAACUUCCUAACAAAACAUUAUUGUGGAAAACUGCUUAGCCCAUGAAAUACUCAUUGUUUACUAAAAAAACAUGAGUAAACAGACAUAGAAACAAUGAGCGUAGUAAUGUGUCAAAAUGAAAAAUGAGAGAAAGGAAAAAGCAAUCAAAAUGUACAGAGAGAAUUGGUAGAAAAACCUCAGAGUAAAGAUAUUAAGGUCAGUAAUUUAUCAAAAUGAAACAAAGUUACGAAAGAAAAUGUAUUAUUAUAAUUUGUAAAGAGCCAACGCAUUCCAUAGGACUUUACAAUUAAACAAAGAGGAUGGAUAACAACAAGUAAUUAACUGACAAAAUAUUAUUGACAGAUAGAAGAGGUGAAGAGUGUCCUGUUCAACAGAGCUCACACUCUAGUAAAUAAAAGUACAUAGAGAGAAUGAGGAGAGUAUUUUGAUCAGAGAAAAACAAACUAUGAUUAAUUUCCUUUAAUAAUUUCAAGCACCUCGAGGUUAGAUUGCGUUUACGUUCAUAGGUGUUUCUGAAUGUAAUGAUUUUUAUUUUUUUAAAUAAAUGAGAUCACAUGUUUGCUGUGUAAACGAGCUGACACAUUUUACUGAUUCAAUCUGUGAAACAUUUUUUCGAGAUGACCCUAAGGAUUUCCUGUGAAUUGUGAAACCUGAGGUUAAACUACUAUAAAGACAGUUAAGAUGUUACAGGACUGUAGAACUGAUAAGUAUAGCUUGAGCACUGCAGCAAUAACAUAGCUCAUGUCUAAUACGAUUUAUUAAGGUCAUGGAUGAUGCCAUUAAUCACUAAGCACAAAGUACACAUUUGCUGUACCGAUGUAAGUAUUUACUUAAUAUUAAAAGGCACCAUAACAAUUUUAAAAGAAUGUUGUUGUUAUGGUGCCAGAGGUCACCUGGCGCUUUCUUACCUUAAUGGGUUUAACUGUUCAUGACUCUAACUUAUUAAAAGCACAAUGCUAAGGUGAUUUCAAAUUUUUUUUGGUUGAUUGUUGAAGAUCCAAACUGUGCUGUGUUUGGGGGCAGGCUGGGCCAGGGGGCAAUUGUCCCCCAGUCAGCCCAAAUUCUAGGCAUACCAGCCGGUAAUCCAGCCUGUGCCAGCAUUAGGAAUACACUGGCAGCAUUGACAGUAUGUUUUGUGGCUAGCAACCAGCUAGCUGCCGCUGCUGAGAGUAGGAGUCAUCGCAGUACCUGCGCACAGUCUAAAUCCUGUCUGUCCUUUCUGACAAUGUGUAACAAUAGAUUCAUAAAAAAUGAAUCCAUCACAAGUUGCUCUGUACAGCAAUCCCUUUAAUUUUGCAUCUACAAUCGGCAAUGUUUUGACAUUGCUUGAUGAAGAUACCAGAAACGUUGCCCGGUUUAGUAGCAUAAUGAAACGUAUGGGGAUCAUUCUAGAUGAAUUACUGGUUUUGCACAUUUUGAAUAUUUAUGUGAUUAUUUGCAUGACAUAUGACGUCAUUAAUAGUGACAAGCGCACAUGCACAAGGUAAUGAAAUAUAUAUAUUUAAACACAACAGUACAUAGCUCUAUGAACUGCCUGGCUAAUUGAUUGGCUGAUGUAAAUUAUAAAUAUGACAAUGAUCAGCCUGCCCCUAGCUGCUAGUACAUCACAGUAAGCUGUUACAAAACAGCUGGAGCUCUAAAAACAUUUACCAACAUGUUAUUAUAGACAGAGGACCUCCAGGUGUCGUUCAGGGACUACCACUGCCACAAACAGUUGACAUCCAAAAGCACAGUAAGUACUUGGCAAAGGUUCAUCGAUGUUUCUGUGCUCAGGGACCACGUUGAUUCCCACUAUACAUCAGGGAGCUUCUGGGCAUGCCAUCUAGGUCCUGGGGUAAGUGCAGUGGAUGCCAUCUGGAUGUAGAGCAAGUGAUGGUAAUACCAUCUGGGUGCGAGAGGAAGUCAGACAGGAUGUAGAUUUGCACAUCCACUUGAGAAACUCAUUGUGGAUAUUUUAAUAUUUUAUUCUGUAUUCCAAAUAGAGGUAUUUUGGCUACUUUUAACACACUUUGAUUGUACCAUUUUACUUUUUUAUUUUAUUUUUAUUUUGCUUGGUAUCCUAAUUUUAUUCUUCCUGCUGAGUAUUACUCCAAGACAUCCUAGGUGGGGAUUAUACCACUCACUCCCGAGUCAUUAAGCAGUUUGCCUGCUCAAUCAUAUGUGAGUACACAUUUUAUUAUUUAUACUCCUUAUAUAUAAUUUUAUACAGCGAGCACUAUCAGUUGUCUCUCUUCUCUCUUAUUAUCUACAUAUCGGUGCUAGACUUAUCACUCUACACAUAUCCUACAAGCGGGGAUUAUACCGCUGAAUGCCAUUCACACUAGAGCUGGUUCAAGCUCUACUGCACGUGAGUAGGACUAUAUUAGACUCUGUUGUUGUACAAACCAUCUUUACUAGACGUACUGCCCUAUCAUCACUUCCACACACGGAUUAAAAGACCAAUACUUCUCUACGUAUCCCACAAGCGGGGAUUGUACCGCUGUAUGCCAUCCACACUAGAGCUAGUUUAGCUCUACUACACAUGAGUAGGAUUACCAUAGAUCCCUUCUCCUUGCUACCCAACCUUUUUACUAGACGUAUUUGCACUACUAUUUUCUUCUCUCUCUACUUAUGGAUCCUGGAAAGCCGUCUCUAUUUGAUCCAUAUAGAGAAGUUUUCCUCUACAUAGGCCGUUGGUGCCCCAUCAGGCUCCACUAAAGACUUUGUUACGGUACCACCAAAAGAUUUUGGACUUUGUUCAUAUUAGCUGUACUAUAGUCAGCUUUUGGCGCAACCUUCUUUUGUCUUGUCUUGUGUAUUACCUUUGUCAAAAGGGGUUAGAGGGAACCCUAUUUUUAGGUUUGCUGCAUCCUACUUUCCCUAUUUAUAGUAUUGGUUUAUUUUAGCGCUGUUCCCUUUUUUGUAUAUUCCCAGGAUGUAGAUUUGCACAUACACAGUGCACAGGCACCGCACUACCUCUCCUUCCCCGCAGAGGGGACUGGUUCACUGGCUGGGUGCCAGCCACAAAAUAUACCUAUGGUUACAGAAGCCGUGACAGAUCUCCCAGAAAAUACAAGAAGAAGAGCAAUCUGUGCGUGGGCUGUAACCAGAUAGCACCACAAGGCAAAAAUCUUUGUAUCAAAUGCCUAACUGAGGUUGCUGAAGAAAAUACUAAAAUAACAUCUCCUCAAGAGGAUCUAAAAGCCUGAAUUUCCCAAGCUAUUGCAGAAGGCUUUAAAGCCACAGCUAAAAGCAUGGGUCAGUCUAAACGCUCUGAAAUUUAGACACCUUCUUCAGAAUCAAGUGCAAAUUCAGUAUAUGAAGCAGGAUGCUCUGAAAAAGAUGAGGAGGAAAUAUAUCACAGGACUAUAGACUCCAGAAUGGUUGACAGGCUGAUUUUAGAAACACCUUAAAAAAUCCAGGAAGAAAAGUCUGAAUGUCUGGAAUCUGACUGAUAUUUUGAGGACUUGAAACCAUCAAGGUCUUCAUUUCCAUUCUAUAAUUCUAUCAAGACUAUAAUAAUACUGGAAGAAUGGAGAAAACCUGAAAAGAAGGUUACCUUAAAAAAUAAGGCUUCUAGAUUUUAUCCGGCCUCUUAGGAAGAUUCCAAAUGCUGAAACUCUAUACCAAAAAUAGAUGCAGCAGUAAUUUGAAUGGCAAAACAAACUACAUUCCCUGUAGAUUCACUAGCAUAUCUACGUGAACCAAUAGAGAAAAGAAUGUAUGCGGAUCUAAAUAAAAUGAGGCUACACAAAAAGCGGCUGAUAGCAAGAAAGCAUUUCUUCCACAGGAGAAAAGACGUCCUAUCUAUUCUUCAUCAAAACAGAGACGCUAUAAAGACCGGUCAUUUCGCAAAAGCAGAGCAUAUAGACCAGGGAGGGAAUAUAAUAGAUAUUCCACUUGGAGGAAUUAUCAGUCCACAUCCUCCUCUACAGCCUAAAGCCUCAAAAGGAAGAGGACUACGUACGUCGUCUAAAAAUUUAUGAAGGUGUGUAGGUCCAAGAAGGAGUCAUUGGAGGAAGACUUCAAUUAUUUUACCCCGCCUGGACCAAGAAUGUUACAGAUUCCUGGACCUUAAAGAUAAUAGAAGAAGGUUACAAACUGGAAUUUGCAGAGUUUCCAACAUCACAUAUUUUCAAUGAGUCAAAGGUCUUGACUCCGACAAAGAAAGAGGCUAUGAUACAAAUUAUUUCAAACCUCUUAGACCAAAGGGUUAUAGAAAAAGUUCCUUCAAGAGAAAGAUUCAAAGGAAGAUACUCAAGGGUAUUCUGGCUCCAUAACCAAAGAACAAGUGGAGACUCAUAAUGGACCUAAAAGAAAUAAAUCUGGAACUCAAAAAGUUGUCUUUCAAAAUGGAAUCAAUUUCUUCAAUUAUCCCAUCGAUAAGACAAGAAGAUUUGAUCACCUCAAUAGAUCCCAGGAAUGCCUACUAUCAGAUUCCAGUGUAUCCAUUACACUUCAAAUUCCUGAGAUUUUUCAUCUUUGGCAAGCAUUACCAAUUCAGAUGUCUUCCCUUCAGUCUGAGCUUAGCCCCCAAAACUUUCUCAAGACCCUGACCCUGAUUGCCUUCUUAAGAACUCAAAGUUUGAUGAUUUUUUCAUUACCUAGACGACAUCCUUAUAGUAGCAGAAUCUUUCAACAAGACAGUACUUCGCACAAAUAUGGCUCUUCAAUGUCUCCAAUACCAUGGUUGGGUUGUAAAUAUGGAAAAGAGUUAUCUGACCCCAUCUCACCAGAUCAUCUAUUUGGGAGCAGAAAUAGACACCAUGACAGCAUCAGUAAAUAUCUCUUCACGUAGAAGUUCCUGCAUUCAAGAGAAAAUUCUGAAGAUUCUGAAGAAGAGAUCCACAUCAGCAAGAGAUUAUAUGAGUCUUCUAGGAUCCCUCACUUCCACCUUAGGUCUGGUGAGAUGGGUGUUAUGGAAUUCCGGCCAACUCAAAUGAAUUUCCUUCUUCAAUUCAAAGAAUUACAAAACAAUUAGGACCAAGAAAUCCUGAUUCCCCAACACAUAAAGAACCAACUAAGGUGGUAGCUAUCCAGUCACAAUCUCCAGAAAGGGUUUCCUUUAGAAGAACCAAACUGCAUCAGUAUUACAAGAGACACCAGCCUCAAAGGUUGGGGAGACCAUUUUAGAUCCACCUGGACUCAGGGAACUUGGUCUAAGAGGGAGAAGAAACUAGAUUCUAACAUAAAAGUUCAUGACCAUCCACAAAGCAGUGAAAGUGUUUCUUCCAGACCGUCAGAAGAAAUGGGUAUUGAUUCGGACAGACAACAAGGCAGUUGCAGCAUAUGUCAAUCAUCAUGGGGGCACCAAAAGCAAAUGUCAUUUUUCAGCUAUAAAACCCCUCAUGAUUCUGGCUCAGAAACACCUGUUAGAGCUAAAAGCUGUGUACCUACCUGGAGUGGACAACACCAUGGCAGAUUACUUGAGCAGAGAAGCCUAAUCCCAGAGGUAUUCAGGAUGAUCACACAUACCCCAAAUCAACCUCAUGGCAAACAAAGAAUGCACAAGUACGGAAAUGUUUCUCCCUGAAUCAAGAUCCUCUGCCAGCAGGUCAAGAUGCUCUGUUCCAACAGUGGGAUUUCAAUCUGGGGUAUGUGUUCCCUCCCCUACCUAUGAUUCCUCGCCUAUUGAAGAAGAUUGACAAAGAAAGGAAAAAGAUCAUUGCCAUUAUCCCCAUGUGGCCAAGAAACCCUGGUAUCCACUCUUACUCAAGAUGGCUAUAUCCAGACCUUGGCAAAGUUCUCCCAGGAAGGGCAUUCUAGUCCAAGGCCCAGUAUUUCAUCCAAACCCAUCUCAGUGGAAUCUGGGAUCAUGGCUUUUGAACGGUCAACUCUAUUAAAACAGGGCCUAUCGGAUAAAGUUGUUGAUACUCUCCUAAAAUCUACGGAAAAAUCCACUUCUUCCUGUUAUUUCAAAAUCUGGGAAACCUUCAAAUCAUGGGCUGGUUAAGUUUCUAUUGAUCCUAUAAAUCCAUCACACAUUAAGAUUCUGGAAUUUUUACAAUCGGGUCUGGAUAAAGGACUUAGUUUAAGUACUCUCAAAAUCCAAUCUUUAGCUUUAUCUGUGCUCCACAAUACAUCCUGCAUUUCACACCCACUUAUUUCAAGAUUUUUCAAGGCAGCUAUGAGAAUUAACCUCCCAGCAAGAAAUGCUGAUCCUCCUUGGGAUCUUCCUCUAGUUCUACAAGUUUUAACAGAACAACCAUAUGCCUCUCUCUCACAGAUUUCUAUCCAACAUCUUACCUACAAAACUAAGUUUCUGGUUCCAAUUACAACCGCUAAACGUAUUUCCGAACUUCAAGCAUUUUCAUCUCAAGACUCCCAUACUCUAAUUUUCCACCAGUAGUUCUUAAACCUGUUCAAAAGUUCUUUCCUAAAGUGGUAUCUAAUUUCCACAUGGGUCAAGAAGUAAUUUUAGCAUCCUUCAUUCCAAAUCCUCAAACUCUAGAAGUGAAGCUUCUUGAACUGGAUAUUCGAGAGUAUUCAAUCAAUUAUUUGGAAUCUACUAAAGACUAUAGGAAGUCGGAAAAACUUUUCAUCCUACCUUAUAGCUGCAGGAAAGAAACAGCCUCUUCUUCAACUCUUAGAUGCUGGGUUACAGCAGUUAUAGCAGAUUCAUACCGAAAGAAUAAUAAAACUCCACCAGCCAAGAUCAGAGCUCAUUCUACAAGAUCUCUUUCUACAACUUGAGCGGAGGUGCCUCGAAAUGAUAUCUGCAAGGAUCCACUUGGUCUUCUCCAGGAACAUUUAUUAAACACAACAAGUUGGACCUGGUCUCUUCAUCUACUAAAUGUGGUAGAUUGUUUUGUCUUCUGUUCACAGUUUCUAAUAAAUCACUUUUGGUACUGCAAUCUUCAUUGUAAAAUUCCUUUUUUCUCCCACCCUUCUAAAAUUAGCUUGAGUAUUACCCAUAAAUGAUGCUGCCAUGAUUAGUUGAUUAGUCAGGAAUAAGGAAAAUGUAAACCAUACUUACCGUAAUUUUCUUUUCCUGGCUAUUUAUUAUGGUAGCAUCAUGUUCCCUCCUUAGUGUUGUUGGACUUUAUCAUGGACUGGUGUGUGAAGGGAGGAGGGACCCUUUAUACACUUGGUCUCAUUUGAAUUCUGUUUUCUGUCCUGUUCCAGUGCUGAGGGUGCAGCUAACUAUAAAUGAUGCUGCCAUGAUAAAUAGCCAGGGAAAAAAAUUACGGUAAGUAUGGUUUAAAUUUUGCUUAUUAUUUAGCUGGGUGUGGUGGAAAUUAGUGGGAAAUUGUGGAAUUUAGUAAUAGGUUAGGGGUUAAUAGUAAAAAAAAUUGUUUUAAAAAGGUAAAAAAAAUUAAAAAGUAAAAAAAUUUUUUAAUUAAGUUUUAAAAAAUGCUUAUUUCCACUACACUUGGUACAAACCAGCAAAAAGAUUUAAGCCUUUUUAAAUACUCUGGGGUGUCUUCUUUAAAAAAUGAUAGGCCUUUGUGGGGUUGUUUGAAUAAACAACCUGCUAAAAUACUCCUAAAUCGGACAUGGACCCAGUGUAAAAAUUAAAAGUUUGAAAAAAAAAUUAAUUGCUGUGUCUCAAAUAUGCUCCUUCAACAUCCACAUUUACCUGACAAUGGUACAUACGUGGGUAUUGCUGUACUCAGGGCCAGAUUAAGAGCCCAUUGGGCCUGGUGCUGACAAUUAUGAGGGGCCUAUUUACAGAAUCGUAUCGACAGAAAACACUAAAACAGUCAUACCUCCCACGUGUCAUGUAUCUGGUGGAAGUGGUGCUGAGGGAAACUCACAGGAUAUAGCUGUAUGAAAACACAUACCGUAUGCUAAUCUCUAGGUUUCAUCUUUCAAGUAAAUCCAUACCUCCUAACAGCAGUGUCAGGCAGUGGCGUACUAAGGUGUGGGCGGGGGGGGCGGUCCGCCCUGGGUGCCAUGGCCCACCUGGAAAUUUCCCGAUAUCCCGGUGGGCCAGUCUGGCCCUGGCGAAGAUAAAAAUCAUAGAUAUGCUGAGAAUUUCAAAGAUAACUUUUCAAAGACAGCUUCUUAACUUCACAACCACUCCUAUAACUGAUGGGGUUAUGUGCUUAGUGUCUCUUUAAAGCAAACAGAUUUCAAAUUGUGUUACCCCCUAUUUGGCACCCCCGGCAAAUAGGGGGGUGCCACCAGGGCUGGCCAGGCUUGAUAUUCUGUGAGCUGUGUGGCUGCCAUGGGUGCCAUAGCAGCAGGGGCGCCAGGUAGCCGACACAGCUCACACGCAGGGGCUGAGAGCAAGCAGGUAACCUGCACGGACAUUUGGGGGCGGAGACAGAUUGGCCGUGGGGGCAGAGCCAAGCCUGGUGUGGGGGCGGGGCUAAAUGCAGCCUCUUACUGCUGCACACAGAGGGUAAGCAGGAAGGUGUCCCUGCUUUACCAAAUACAGCACAGGAGUGACUGAAUCCACUCCUCCUCCAGCCCAAGCAGACUGUAAGUGAGAGAGGGUGUGUGCUGUGUGUAACUGUAAUUGUGACUGUCUUUGACUGUGUGUGUGUGUGUGUGACUGUCUGCCUGUGAUUGUCUGCCUGUGAUUGACUGUGUGUGAUUGUCUGCCAAUGUAUGUGUGUGUGACUGUCUGCCUGUGACUGUCUGCCUGUGAUUGUCUGUGUGACUCUGUGUGUGUGAUUGUCUGCCUGUGUGUGUGUGUGUGAUUGUCUGCCUGCCUGUGUGUGUGUGUGUGUGAUUGUCUGCCUGUGUGUGUGUGUGUGUGUGUGUGUGACUGUCUGCCUCUGUGUGUGUGUGUGUGUGUGUGUGUGUGUGACUGUCUGUGAUUGUGUUGUGUGUAUGUGUGACUGUCUGCCUGUGUGUGUAUGUGUGACUGUCUGCCUGUUAUUGUGGGUGUGUGUGUGUGUGUGUGACUGUCUGCGUGUGAUUGUGUGUGUGUGUCUGUGACUGUGUUGUGUGUAUGUGUGACUGUCUGCCUGUGAUUGUGUGUGUGAUUGUCUGUGAAUCUGUGUGUAUGUGUGACUGUCUGCCUGUGUGAUUGCCCGCAUGUUUGACUGUCUGCCUGUAACUGUAUGUGAGUGACUGUGUGUGGGACUGUGUGCAUCUGACUGUGUCUGACGGUCUUCGUCCUGCAGUGAGCCGGUAGCCAGGAUAUGAUGUCAUUGCGGCCUCGGCGUCAUUACAGGGCGUGCGAUGGACCUAUGCAGGAAGAGCCCAGAGAUCCCAGCAGCAACCACUGACCACCAGGGACUGAGGAUCCACUCCAGCCCUUCUAGAGCAAGGUAGGGAGGCUGAGUGGACCUCUUAAUUAUUAAAUGUGUGUAUGUAUGUAAUGUUUGUGUAUAUCUGUGAUUGUGUGUGUGAUUGUGUGUAUCUCUGUGUAUGUGUUUAGUAGAUAGCUCCCUUAUUUGGUGUCCUUAAAUAUUGCAAUCCCACAUAAGGAUAACAAAUAAGGGAUUUAUCUACUAAACAACUGAAAAUAAGAAAAGAGCUUUUUUUAAAUUUUGAUCCUUUAGCUGUUUAGUAGAUAGUUCCCUGAUUUGGUGCCCGUAUGUGAGAUUUCCAUAUUUAAAGAUACCAAAUGAGGGUGCUGUUUAGCAGAUAUCUCUUUUAUUUGGUGUCCUUAAAUAUUGCAAUCCCACGUAAGGAUAACAAAUAAGGGAUUUAUCUACUAAACAACUGAAAAAAGGGAAAAGGGCUUUUUUAAUCUUGAUCCUUUAGCUGUUUAGUAGAUCAUUCCCUGAAUUGGUGCCCGUAUGUGGGAUUUCCAUAUUUGAAGAUACCAAAUGAGGGUGCUGUUUUGCAGAUAGCACCUUAUUUGGUGUCCUUAAAUAUGGCAAUCCCACAAAGGAUAGCAAAUAGAGGAGUUAUCUGCUAAACAAAGAUUGAAAUUAAGAGGUGUCAGCCAGCCCACAACAAGAAAUCUGGGUGGCUAAUGUGAAUUAUAUGCAAAUGUGUAGUCAGAUGCCAGCAUGCAGAACACAGCAUGCUGGCAUCAGACAGCCAAUGGCAGCAUAUUACCCAUCCCCUAGUGAGAAGUUUUACUGCUCCACCUCCCCCUCCUGUUUUGACUGUGAUAUCUUAUGUGCCCCCAUAUAUAUAUAUAUUGUUCCUAGAGUUGCCACGAUGUCUGCAUGUGUGUCAAUGUGUAUCUGUGUGUGUAUCUGUAUAUGUAAUUUAAAGCCCAUUUUGGCCUUUUAAAAAAAGGUAUAUAAUUUGUGUUGGUGCAAUAAAUAAGAAAAAUGCACUUUGCAAAUGAACACAAACAGCAAAAAAUGCAAAAAUUGCUUGUGUCCUUAAUGCUAUGUCCAGCUUCUGAAGCCGUGUCUUGAAGGGGUUAAAAUCCAGAUCCUUCCUUGAAGUUUCAAAGCUCUUAUAAGUACACACCCCUCAUACUAGCCCCCUCCACACUACUCAUAACCUCUGACCCUACACCAUUCAUAUCAAAUACUCCCUCCCAUGUUCACAAGACAUGUUCUCUAUGUCUCUGGCUCAAUGCCAUCUGACCUAAGACACCAUCCCUCAUAUAUAUUCUUUAAAAAGUCAGACUUCCUAACCCCAGCACUCGCAGCCUCCUAGUACCCUAUUCCAGCUCACGCACCUCUUUCGCCAUUUUCUUUGCCACACACUUUACAUCUACCUUAUAUCUAACCCGUCCCUUUCCAAUUAGAUUGUAGGUGCACAAACAGAGCUCUUUUACCAUGUAACUGACAUGCCCUACUAUCUAAUAAUAUUAACAAUAAUAAAUAAAGAAAACAAAGUUUGGCAGAAUCCCGAAUGUUACUAAGCAAUAUUUUAACUGCGUUCGUUUAUCUCAAAGUGCAUCGCUGCCUGUUAAACAUCUUUAUUCUCGCUAGGAAUAUAAGGUGUCUCAGAAUGCACCUGGUUGUUCAAAAUGUUCUUGGAAUUCUCGGUUGGAGACUUUGUAACCUGGUACUGGUACUCCACAAAUGCUACAUCUCAGACUUUGCUUAUCUCUUGCUGUCACUGAAAUAUGUACUGCUCAUCCUCAACAUUCCAGAGUGCUGCCAUUCUUUCAAUAUGGGGGCAACAGUGUUAUCACAAAGGCAUAAACACGAUUAAGAUAAGCUGCCUUUGGCUUUCCAAAGUAGAAACACCUUGCUUUCAAUUUAUGAAUGACUCACAAUGAGCAAGUGUUUUGUAAUGUGUAUAUUUAAACAUUGUAGACUUCAAACAUUUUUUUUCAACUUUUAGAGAGACAAUUAAAAAAUAUUUUAAUAUUUCUGUUUAUUUUAAACAUGAAUGCUCAGCAACGUAUUCAUCUCGUUGUUUUCUAUCCCUUACUAAUGGUUAGAUUUCCGUAUGAGAGAUAAAUAAAUAUCUGAUAAUUGAAUAUGAAUUUUCCCAUUGAUGUCAAUGAGAGAGUGGACAUUCAGUUACUGGAGUUAAAUUAAUGCCAGUGCAAUUGAAUCCAGUUCUUAAUGAUAAGGCACAGAUAACCCUUUGAUCUACUGUGCUUUUGUGACUUUUUUAUGUGUGACCUAAGGACUUCUCACAGUAAGUUACUUGAGCAAUGGCUCACCUCUCAGAGUUGCCUUAUGUUUAAACUCUAUCAGAGUUAUGAGCAGCCAGACAAGAUUAUUUUCUAAAGUCUGAAUAGCCCUGUACCGAAUGGAAUUGAAUAACUCUGUAAGAGACUGAAAAUCCAGACAUUGGUCAUGCUAUUUAACAUUGCCCACCUUUUGCAUGUAGGCUUCGAUUGAGCCUGAAUUUGAUCUCAGUUGGACCAAACACUACCGGACAGCUGAAAUCCAGAUACGGAUUGUUAAAAUCUGGGCCUGUUGCCGCAAAUUGGACCUGGCUUUUAAAAAUUUAAAACUAUUUGCUCACUGGCAGCUCUAGCAAGUGCUUGCUGGCCAAACAUCAAAUUAAAAGGAAAUUCCACUGCCCAAAUACAAAGAAACACUGUUUAGUAGAUUUGCCCAAAAUGAAAACAUUCAUGUGUUCAUUGGAAGUACAUCUAAAAACAGCAAAAGCUACAGAUCUCUUGUGUAGCCUGACAGAAUGUACUUUAAUGGAGACGGUUAGGGGUGGACAAUGGCACAAAUUUGGGAGGAGAAUAAUGUAAAUUUUUAUAAAUAGAGCCCCCACCUCCUGCACAUAGGUGGGGGUUGGCGGGAGGACACUAGCUCCCUCCUUCAAUUAAUAUGAGAAUCGUCACCAGCUGCCCAUGGGUAAGGGCUUAAGGCAAACAAAAUCGCAGCCCUUCUAUUAGGAUUAGAAAUAGAACCUAUGGGUGGGGAGAGGCGGAGGGACAAUAGUUAUAUUUUUAUUAUUAUUACAGUCUAGAACCAGUGGGUGUUUUAGGAUUCCAGGUGGGCGGUAACAGAAUCCUCCCUCCAUCCAGAGAGAUGAACGCUCUAUUCAUCUCUCGGGCACUCAGUGGUAAGCAGGAAGUGCGAGGUUGCAGAUGUGAGUGCAUGAAAGCGUGAGCGUGUGUGCCUGAACGCGCAUGUGCGCCCUUAUCGCGUAUGACUGCGUCCGCUCAUGAGCGAGUGUAACGCGCGGGUAGAGGAAGGGGAGGAGUUGGAGUAGGUAUGGAAAUACACAAUAGCAGGGAGUGGAGUACUUGGAAAAUAGGAGAAAGAAGGAGCAGAGUACUUGUAAAAAAAGGAGAAAAAGGGAGCAGAGUAUUUGUAGAAUAGGAGAAAGAAGGAGCAGAGUACUUGUAAAAAGAAGAAAGAAGGAGCAGAGUACUUGUAGAAUAGGAGAAAGAAGGAGCAGAGUACUUGUAAAAAAGGAGAAAAAGGGAGCAGAGUAUUUGUAGAAUAGGAGAAAGAAGGAGCAGAGUACUUGUAAAAAGAAGAAAGAAGGAGCAGAGUACUUGUAGAAUAGGAGAAAGAAGGAGCAGAGUACUUGUAAGAAAAGGAGAAAGAAGAAAAAUAAAAAAAUAAAAAGGAAAAGGAGAGAAUUGUUGUUGGCUAAUAAGUGAGCUACCUAGAUCAGCCUUCCUGAUGGGCAUUGCUAUAAGAAGGUAAAAAAAUAGAAAAAAGGAAAAAGGGACGGGGGAUUGAGGAGGGAGAGGAGGGGAGCUGAUACACGGAUGAGAAAUCAUAUUAUGAGCAAACAGAGAAAUCGUCUGAAUAUCACCAAAAGAGGAGACCUUUGUUUGUUCCUUACGUAAAUCUAGCCAGAUAUCAAAUAUUUAGUCUUGCAGCAUCAACCUCAAGGAUCUCAUUAAUCACUAGUAAAGGUAAUUUCAAUUUACUUUAUUGUUUUCUCAUUAAACUUUAAAAAGUUAAAAACAUUAUAAACAUGCAUAAAGUAGAAAUAAAAAGAUAAAUGUACGUACAUUCAUUUAUUUUUUUAAAACACCCUCCUUUCUAAAAAAUAUUCUGUACUUGCACGUAAACUGGUGGGCGGUAAGGAAAUAUUUCCAUCAAGAAAGAUGCAUUAGUGGGCGGUAGGAAGAAUAAGGUUGACUACCCCUGGUCUAGAUGAUAUUCUAAUAUCUCCCACCUGACACCCGUGUUGUGGGCUGGGUGUGACUCCUGAUCCCCGCUGUUUAGUAAGUAGCCCUCACCCACUGACCAUGGGUGGAGGCAGAGUGUAGACAUUAGGAUGUGCCAUGCUUUAUUCUUAAUUGCUCCCAUCCACUGGCCACAGGUGAAAGCAGUGGGGUGGACAGUGAUCUGCUUACCUCUCAUUUGCAAGUUUAAACUCCCCCACCUGAGGUCAACAGAUGGAGCAUAGGAUGGAGUAUACCCCUGUUAUUUUACAGGACUGCUGUCUAGUCACAAGUUUCAAAUGUUUCGAAGAUAUGCCCCCACCUGCUACAUGACAGGUAUGGGCAAAGGGAAGUUAAAAACCUCCCUUAUAGUAAUAUGAGAGUCAGCCAGCGAGAAAAUAGUACUUGAAAUGUUCAUUCAAUAAUUUGUGCAUCCAGCCAGAUGUAUUCGAAUUUUAAAUUCUAUACCUAGUAAAGGGUUCGGAUAUGAAAAACACUGAUUUUAAUACAGACAUUGAAUGCAUCUGGGCAAAUGUUGCAGAUUCGCUCGGACUGACUGAAUUCUGACCAGAUUUGGCUUUUGUAAAUAUGAGAACCGCCUUUGCGGUCGUAAUUUAACCAAAGAAUUUCAAUGACUUGAUCUCUGUUCACGGCAGAGCCCUCUUUACUUUUUUUAUUGGUCUGUGUUGUACUGUAUUUUUCCCCCAGUUGUACAGCACAGCUGAAUAGGUUGGCUCUUUAUAAAUGCCAGUAAUAAUAAUAAUAAUUUAGGGCCCUACUGGUGCUUGUAUAUGCCAGUCUGAAACAGCUAUCUGGUUAAAGAUGAAGACUAUAAGUUAUUUUUGUUAACGAUGCUUACCACUAAAUUAAACAUUUUUUGUUUCAUUUUUGACGUUUGUAUUGAAAGUUCCAGCUGGUAAUUAAAAAAAAAAGUGUGGCUACCUUUUAGUUUGUUUGAAGAAUAGAAAGUGUUCUCUUGAUAGAUAAUAAUAUUUACAAAAAACACUUCCCUUUUUAUUAAAAAACAAAUCCCUAAGAGUACACCAUAAUAAACUGACAGACAUUCGUCUGUUGGGCAUAUACUUGUGAAAAUUGCUGAAUGGUGACACAAAGCAACCCUAUGAGACCCCAGCUUCUAACUGUAGCUGUUCCGAAGGGGUAACUAUUUCAACGUUGAAUGAAGCAUGAUUUGCUGAUAUCCUCUUUGACACUGAAAGUGAAAGUAAAAUAUGUUAAAAGUAAUACAUGCUGGUAUCUGAAAUGACUAAAACCAGUGGGGUCUAUCAAACCAAGUAUAACCCAACAUAUGGCGUCCCCCUUUCCUCCAUGUAUGGAGGGUAGAGGGAAGAUACAUUGGCUAGGGGUCCAAUGAGUUGCCCUAACCCAUCCUCCACCCCAUCAGUUUGUGGGUGAGGGUAGUAAUAAUACUCGGACAGAGAAUAUUGAGUUAUCUAGCCUCAUUUAAAAUAAAUGGGAGGCGAAUUUGUAAAACGCACAAUACAAAAUACAAAACAUAAAAAUAUAAAAUAAAAAGAACACUCGAGAUCCUGCAUCUGCUGCAAAUCUCAACACAAUAAAGGAUCUGAGCUCUCACCGAAAUGAGAAGUGUCUGGAAGUUCAAUCAAAUUACUAAACAUUACUGAGAUCAUCUCAUAAGCAGUGCAUUACAACCAGAGCAAGGGUUUCUGGGAGUUGUAGUUCAAUGAUUAAACUUGUUUGAGCAGGGUACUCUUCAACCUAUCGUUCCUGUAAGUUUUCUUGUAAUUGUCCUGUAGCGGCUACCUCCGCUAAGUUUCCCACCCCAGAUGACAGGGGUCUUCAUUCCAGGAUCCUCUGUGCCUCGGAGCCCGGGCAGGGAAAAGGGGACCUAGUGUCUUUGUCUCCUAGGCACAGAAAGUCCGUCAAACUAGACAGUGCUCCAAAAGUGUCCCCACCAACCUUAUGAACCCACACACCAUACAUUUCCCCGACUGGUCUCCGUUCGUGCGGCUCUUAUGCGAACCGCCUGCAAGGGAAGUGUCUCCUUUCGUGAUACGAAUGCUCCCCCUGGUUGCCGUUUGUCUAUACAAAAUGGCGGCCACCCAGAGGAGCACUCAUUAAUAACUUCCCUUGCGGUUUCGCACUUAUGUUACGGGUGUGAACGUUCUAAUUAAUUGGGUGUGAACAUUUUAAUGGGGCACCGGAGUGGCCCUCAUUCGGGAGAUAAAUGGGCUCUGUUCGUAUGGACGCUCCCGAAUGGGAAAACAAGGCAGAGUACACGAAAUACACAGGGAAACAUACAAUACACGGGGAAACAUGGCAGGGGUUCUGCCACAUUUCCUAUUUAUAGUUAAACCCACCUCUAAUAAUAUUGUAAAGCGCAACGGCAUCUGUUGGCACUAUAUAAAUGGCAAUAAUAAUAAUAAUGAUUAGCUUUUUACUGAAGAAAAAAAAUUUAAACAAAAUAAUCAAAUAUUGCAGGCCGAGAGACAGGAGCAGAAAAGGUGGGCUUAUGGGACAAAAUUAAUUAUUACAUUCUAAAAAAAUAAAGAUUCAUUUAAAAAAAAAAAAUCGCUCAGAAAUAUGUAUAACCUAACCCAUAUUGCAACUAAUGUGUGAAAACCUGGAGAGCCCCUUUAAUCAGCUUAGUUUUCUCAGUGACAGGCUAUUUGGAGCUAAUUAAAGGUGUAGGAGUGAAAACAGCCUCAUACUCCCCUCUAAAAGGAGAAUGUUGCUUGAAUGUGCUUGCCUAAAUUACAACAUGAUACACCAUCUAAACACACCAUCAAGUCAAAUAAAUUAACCUGUGGAAGAUAGGUCUCAAUAAUGUCAGCAAAUAAAAAUGCAUUGUAAUAAAUCGCAGUAACUCCCUGGCUUUUAGAAGACAAAUACACACAUUCCCAUCAUUAUCUGCAGAAACUAAUCUCUAGAUCAGGCAUAGGCAACCUUCGGCACUGCAGAUGUUUUGGAUUAUACCUCCCAUGAUGCUUUGCCAGCAUUAUGGGUGUAAGAGCAUUAUGGGGGAUGUAGUCCACAACAUCUGGAGUACCGAAGGUUGCCUACCCCUGCUCUAGAUUAAUGUAUCAGGGACUAUAUUUGAAUUGCUUCCAGUAGAAGUUAAAACAUAAUUACCUUUUUAAGAUAAGGAAAUGCUGUCUGAUCAAUUAGUCUCUUCCAACGUGGCGUAUAUUAAUGGGUGAUGUCACUUCCUGUAAUUUUUUAAUAAUUUGUUUACUAAACCCUGUGUUUAACAACUAUGCACAUCUAAGGUGUGAAUAAUAAAAUUCAAUGUAAAAAAAAUCUCACUUAUUUAUCUUGAAACUGGACGCCUCCAUCUUGGCUCCCUUUUGAUCAUUGUUAUAAGCUCUGUCCUUUGUAUCAGGUAGUCAGCAUUGAGAAGAAGAGAAAUUAAACAAUCUUUCUAUUUAUCCUCCUCUCCUAAUGUUUUAUUCUCCUGGCUUUGCCUUAUCUGAUUUGGAUUGUGUUGUCCUAAAUCGUUUUCUAUUUUUUGUGUAAUAUAUGAAAUGUCUUGUCACUAAGUUGAGCUAGUUUUCGGUGAUGCACAAUUGGCAGACGGAUAACGUUCUCACUGAUUUUUUGGUUUAUACGAGAUAGUGUUCAUUUGCCUAAUGGAUGAGUCCUACAAAUGCCUACUGUAUAUCUGUGUAAGUGCAGCAUUGAGGUGUUACAGAGAGCAAGCCCAACAUUAUAGAGGCAUUACCUGUGUCAAUAUCGCCUCGAUUUAAAGGGAACGAUUUAACACUGAAUAGAGGGGCAGAGCCAGGGGACUCCAGGCACCAUAACCAAUUCAACAAGAUGAACUGAUCAUAUUGCCUACAGUGUGACUUUAAUGACAAUUUAAAUGCUUAUCGGUAAUUGUGCCAUUGCCGCUUCCUUUUAGAGCAGGAAGUUCAAGACAGAGUGUGGGGUAGGGAGGAAACAAGAAGUGAGAACUAACGGGCAGGUUGCGAAACAGGCUUGUAGGAACAAAAAUCUAUUGUCUUCAUUUUUUUGUUUCCUUUUAUUCUUGAAAUUAAAAAUUAAAAUUCAAUAAAUAAAGAAAUAUAGCAUUUUUGUUCCCACCAGGUCCAGUGAAAAAUUUUACAUUAUUAAGUUGAGACUUAGUUGCAGUUUAACUCUUAGACCAUUUCAUAUCUCUAAUUCUCAAGAGUUCUUUUAGAGACAACCAAAAAAGGAAGUGUGCUUCAACAAAGUGUUUUCUUUAUCCUGUCCCAGUAUGCCCUUAUCAAAAACUAAUAAUGAUAAGAGACAAAAAAACAAAGACGCCGACCAAUAAUUUCAAAGCACAGAUGCUAGUCUGGCUCAUACUGUAGCCCAAGAAUUUUAGGAGUGCCUACCAAAUGUUUUAUUAAGAUUUUUUUUAAACACCAUAGGCAAUCAUUUCUUUUAAAUAUAUUACAUGUCAAGUAAAGAUAGCAUAUAAUAUCUGAACUUGUUUUAAAGUGACACUUUAGGCACCAACACCACACCAUCUCAUUGAAGUGGUGUGGGUACAGUAUCCCUGUCCCUCUUAGCACUGUAAUGUAAAACGUUUACAAUGUUUAAAAUGUUAACAUUGCAGUGCUAAGACUGGUUCUACUGGCUGUCUACCAGAUGUAUAUAUAUUCCUAACAAUAAAGUGUUCCUUUAAGCUCAAAGUAGAUUAGUGAACACAACUGUAUGCGACCAAAUAGAUUACGAAAUAGAGCAAAAUGGGACAUUCGUUGGCAACUUUUUUGUUGAAAGUGCUAGAUUUCCUCGCUUUGUUUUUUUUCGGGGAAACUAAGAAAAUGUCUAUCAAAUUAAUUUUUUUCUGAUGAUUUGUUCUAAAUUCAGUCCUGUCGACGGAUUGUCACGUACACCAAAAAUGAAGGGGUCUAUUCACUGAACAGUGAGUUUGAAAAAAGAACUUGCACAUUUAAGGAUAAAAUAACAGACUUGGAAUAGAAUCUCCAGCACAACCCAAGUCUCAACUGAAGCAUAAUUUGCUAUUCGGGGAAUAAAACACUUAAUUAAACAUCACAAAGGCCCCAGAUAUUUGUCUCCCAAAACAUUACUAAAUCUUGGAUUUAUCAUUCUAUUUGUAGUGCUUUUUUUUUUUUUAUUUAAAUUCAAGUAUUCCUCUAUCUCUUGUACCUACUUGCACAAUAUACAUAUUGCAGAAACUACAGUGGAUUUCGAAGUGGAGAAAAAAAAAUGUUUUCUUAAUAUUCUUGAAAAUAUAAUUUUUUGAGAUUUUUAAAUUAGAAAAAAAAAUCUUGUAAAAAUUAACAAUGGAAGUAAAUUGCCAGUACAUAUAAAAUCUAUUAAGUACUAUAGAGGAUUGUUCACAGAAUAAUGUAUAAUUUAUUUUCAUUAAAACGUCCUGGCUUGUGCAUAUCCUCCCUAGUAAUUAAGGGAAACAAAUACCUCCCACCACAUACCAAAACCACUAGUGUCUGGUGAGAUAAGACAGUCAGCAGGUUUCAUAGAAGAACAUUUAGCACAGAAACCAAAAAAAGUACUAACAAGACAUUACAGAGAAGCAAGAAAAGAGACUUUCUAUCCAGGUAAAAUAACAGCAGCGAAUGUGGUUUUAUUUAAGAAUUUAUUAAUACAAAUGUAUUUGUACAAUAUUAUCGUAUUAAUGUACUAUAUAAAGUGUGUGUAUGAAUCAGAUAUGUAAAAUAAGAGUUCAUAGAGAUGAUGAGUUUUAAGUGGAUUUACAAUGCAAUUUUUUUUUAUAUUUUAAAUAUUAUUAGUAUUUGCAUUAUUAUUUUAGAUAUUUUUGUGAUGCUUUUUUCCACUAUGCUAGAUGAAUAAAUAUGUGAUUUUUUUGGGGGGGGUACUUUUAAUGAAUUGUGCUCCUGCAUUUUUUUUUUAAGUAAGAAUCUAAUUAUGUUUUUUUUGUUUUGUUUUGUUUUUUAUUAAUGUCUUAUGGUCUGUUGGUAAAGACGUGCAUAAUGUUUUUCAGCUACAAGUAUCAUGCUCAGUACGUGGCUGGCUUAGGAUGAUAUGAAUUGUAGUCUAAAAUGCCUAAAAAGUCUGUGGUUUGGUUAUAGUAAUCUUGGAGCUGACAAUUCAUGUUAAAGUUGAUAAUGUAACGUUAAUGUCUAACAGAGUGCUUGAGGUGAGCUGGGGAUUGUAACUCGUGAAAAAAAAAAUUAUGCAGUAUAGAAAAAGAUGCAUCAAUUGGAGUUAGAAAAUAAAACUUCAUGUACUGGUUAGAGUUAAAUAUAAUUGUUUAAAAUUGUUAUAAAUAGUUGUUCAGUUUUCAAUAUACUAUGGUUUUGUAAACAAAUCUAGCUGUUCUUUUCAUGUCUAUAAGACACUGGGGUUCUUUAACUUAACACUGAAUUGCAAUGAAUUGAAAACUAAAAUACAUAUUGGAUAAAAUAGUCAGGCUGUGACUGUAGGUAAGUUGCACAAUUUUAUCAAAUCAGUCCUUUUUUGUCUAACGGUCUGUAAUUUGGAUUUCAAUUCUUUAUAGUUUGAUGUUUCGUAAAUAUAACUCAUAUCACUCCUUUCCGGUAGGCGGUAGCCAAAGAGUUAAGUUAAAAAAGUCUUAGAAUAGCAUUUGUUAGUGCAGUGUAAUUUGAUGUUCUGCAGGUUGUAUUGCUGCAAUCAGAUCUUCAAUGGUUCAUUGUUUAUAGCAUCCAUUCUUAGCUGGUAUAUAACUCGUAACAUGAGGUACACAGUAUGCAUGAGACAAAGUUACUCUGUGCUAAAGGUGAUUCACUUAUUUUUGAGCUGAGUUUUAAGCUUUAGGUCAAAAGAGACAAGUACGAAACUAGCCAAGUAUUUGGAUUUUUUUUGUAUUGGCUCAUUUCUCAAUAUUUCACAAUUUAGAGGAUAAACGCCAAAAUAUUUACAUGAGAAAAUGGUAUUUUUAUCCUGAAUUUAGGCAUCAUGACUCACAGUCCUGCAAAUGAUCACAGAAACACAGAGCUGUUAUAUGAAUAUGUUGAUAAGAAGCAGAGACUCUGUAUACACACGCUCAGAUAAUUUCACACUGACAAAUGGCAAGUUUUGAAAGGUACACUGGCCAGCCACAACAUUAAAACCGCCUGCCUAAUAUUGUGUAGGCCCCCUUCGUGCUGCAAAAAUAGCUCUGAUGUGUUGAGGCAUGGAUUUCACAAGGCCUCUAAACGUGUCCUGGUUGCUGGACUUAAAUGAUCUGCUGCUAUUAUCUGGCACCAAAACAUUAGCAGCAGAUAUUUUAAGUCCUACAAGUUGUGAGGUGGGCCCACCAUAUUUGUUGUACCAGCACAUCCCACAGAUGCUCAGUUGGAUUGAGAUCUGGGCAAUUUGGAGGCCAAGGCAACACCUUGAUCUCAUUGUCAUGUUCCUCAAAGCAUUCCUGAACCAUUUAUUUCAGUGUGACAGGGUGCAUUAUCCUGCUGAAAGAGUCCACUACCACCAGGAAACAUUAUUGCCAUGAAUGGUUGCAAGUAGUCUACAACAAUUUCUAGGUAGGUGGUACAUGUCAGAGUAACAUCCACAUAAAUGCCAAAACCCCAGGUUUCUUAGUAGAACAAUGCCCAGAGCAUAACACUGCCUCCACCGACUUCUCUUCUUCAGAAACGUAAUCCUGCUGCCAUCUCUUCCCUCUGUAAAUGAUGUACACCACGUGCAUCAAUGAGCCUUGGGCAUCCAUUGCCUUGAUGCUGGAUCACCGCUUGUCCUUACUUGCACCACUUCAGGUAGUUACUAACUACUGCAUACCAGGAACACUCCACACUGACCCAGUUGUUUAGCUAUCACUAUUUGGCCCUUUUCAAAGUCACUCAGAUCUAUUUGAUUGUUCAUGAAAUUCAAGAUCUGACUGUUCACUUGCUGCAUAAUAUAUCCAAUCUCUUGACUGGUGCCAUUGUAACACUAUAAUCAACAGUGGUCUAAAGGUUGUGGCUGAUCAGUGUAUAAACUUUAGAUGUAAAGGUGCUUAUACACUGAAUCUGAAUUUUCCAGAUUUUACAAAGAUGCCCCCUGGAAUGUUAAUGAUUUUACAAAGAUGCCCCCUGGAAUGUUAAUGAUUUAAUUACAGUGUAAUUCACUAUACUGUGAUUUUUCUUCUUAAAUUAUUAACCAGGCAAUUUCAAAUUUAGAGUCAAAAUAACAAAAAUGGAAAAAUUCCCUCUUCAGUUAUUUUACCACCUUGGCUAAUUUGGUCAAAGGUUCACCCCUGCCAAAUAAGUUUUGGAAUUGUAGUGUAGAAAGUUCCAGUGUCCAAAAUCAGUAAAUAAAUGGGAGAUUAAAUUAAAUUAAGACCCUCCCAAUGUUUGGUGUGUGAAGCAAUAUCAGAGGAAUGGCUAUGCAUUGUGUGAUAAUAAGGAACAGGGUUGACCUGCUACUGGAAAUGUUAAAAUGUAAUUUUAAAUAUUUUAGUUUGCGGGGGAAGUUCUGCUCAUAAAAACCAAAACGCAUACAAACAUUGAAAAUUUCUUUGUUAAUAUUGUCCUUUUUUUAGAGGCAAGUCAUGUUAUUAAACAUGAUACAUCACAGAAGACUUCUGUUGUUGCUAUUUGUGAGCCUGAAUGACGUGGCAGACCUGUCGAAACCCACCGCCCAAACAGUGACUCAAGGAAUUACCCUGUUUACAUUAACAAACUUGAAAGACUAUAACAACAUCACCCAAAGUCCCUGUCAAGAACUUUGUGUCAAGCCAUGUGAUCUCUUGACUCUGACCAAAAAAGGUCUGGAUUGGUUUCCUGCAUGCGUACCUGGAGAAGUCAAGCACUUAGAUUUGAGCUUCAACAAUCUUACUUUAAUCAAGGACGAAGACAUUUCUCAUCUGUCCGAGUUACAAAGCUUGGAUCUGAAGCACAAUCAAAUAAGAGACAUUCAGUGGGGGGGAAAUGUACUGUCUAAUCUUAAGUCCCUGGACCUUAGUAACAAUCUUUUAUCCGUUGUUCCAAAGUGCAUUAUGCUGAAGAAAGUAACCUGGUUGUCUCUUGCACAAAACCCAAUCAAAGAAAUCCAACCCUACGCUUUCCAAUGUUUUCCAAAUUUGGAAUAUCUUAAUUUAUCGUUCACUCGGCUUGGGAGUAACACUUCGGAAGGCAUCAGUCAGUCAGGGUUUGCCCUGAAUGUAACUCAGGCCCAAGAAAGUUCAUUAAGGUUUCUUGACACACUUGACUUAAGUGGGACAUUUCUCACUGGAGGUAUGUAAUUGUGGUAAAUGGACCUAUAAUAGUAUUAAUAGUAAAAGUAAACAAACAAGUAAGUAAAUAUGUUCAUGUUUUUAAAGGGACAUGCAUCACAUGACAAUUAUUUUUAAACCAGCAAACAAACAUUUUUAAACAAAUAUGCAAACUGAAUAUAGCAAGAUAAACUUUUAAAAGUCUGUAAUGAUGAUUUAUAAACUUAGUCAGAUUGCAGUGCUGGGCAAGCCUUUCAGCUAGGGGAGUUUCUUCAGUCACCCACCUAUGCGACCAAUUACCGCAUCUCCUCAAGCUCACUGUCUUGGUGUUACUUUCAACUUGGUCUUAUCUUUUCUCCUCACAUCCAUUUUGUCUUCAAGUCCUGUGGUUUCCACCUUAAAAAUAUUUUCCACAUUCACUCUUUUCUAAGUCUACAUACAACUAAGGCAUUUGUUCAUACAGUGAUCAUUUCCUAACGUGACCAACUCACUACUCAUCAGCCAUCCAAAUACCCUCAUUGCCCUGCCCCUUUUCGGUCUGUAAUGACUGCUGCAGUCUGGCUGACUGCUACUCCCACACCUCAUCCCUUUGCUAGUCAUUACAUUACCUUUCUGCUCCCUUUAGGAUCCAGUUCUGUGUUCCGUAGCCCAGCUCUCCUUCCAUUGUACUGUUCUUCCGUACACCAUUUGUAGUAACUGAUUUUGAUACAGACAUCUUAUCCGGAGCCAUUUUAAGGUUGCCCGGGGCCCUAGGCAGGUUUCUAAAUCGGGACCCUCUGACAGAGCCCUGGGGUUAGUUUACAGGAGUGUGUGUGUGUGUGUGUGUGCAUUUCUGAGUGUGCAUUUUUGAGUGUGCCUGUGUCUCUGACAUUGUAUACAUGUGUAUUUGCCAGAGCAUUAUUGUGUGUGAAUGUGUUUUUGUCGGUGUAAAUGUAUAUGUCUGUGUCUGGGAGCAUAUUUGUGUGUGUGGUAGUUGUAUGCAUUGUGUUGUGCUGCACUAGGCAUGAUGGAACUGGGGCACCCCGUAAUUUAAAUUUGCCCCACCCUUCCAGUCAAGGCCACUCUUCCUGUUAAAGACUAACACACACUUUGACUGACUUACACACACCGACACACCCACUCACUGACUGGCACACACAGAUUGACAUACUCACUGAUUGGACACAAUCUGACAGACACGCACACUCACUGAUUGGACACAAUCUGACAGACACACACACUCACUGAUUGGACACAAUCUGACAGACACACACACUCACUGAUUUGACACAAUCUGACAGACUCACACAAUCACUGAUUUAUCACAAUCUGACAGACACACAAACUAACUUAUUUGACACAAUCUGACAGACACACACACUCACUGAUUGGACACAAUCUGACAGACACACACACUCACUGAUUUAAUACAAUCUGACAGACCCACAAAAUCACUGAUUUAACACAAUCUGACAGACCCACAAAAUCACUAAUUUGACACAAUCUGACAGACACACACACUCACUGAUAUCAACUUGACACAAUCUGACAAAUCCACACAAUCACUGAUUUGACACAAUCUGACAGACACACACAAUCACUGAUUUGACACAAUCUGACAGACACACAAUCACUUACACGCACACACUCACUGACAGACACACACACACGUUCAUUGAGAAACACUGCCAAACAUACACACACAUUCACUGACAGACACACACAAACUUACUGACAGACACACACAUUCACUGACAGACACAUUCACUCAGACACACUGACAGAUAUAAACAUGCACUCACUGACACACACACACUGACAGACACACAAAAAUUUUCCCUCAAUAUUUACAAAUUAUUUUAAAUUUAAUUUAAAUCCACCCAGUUUCCUCUACAUUUGGGAGAGCUGGGUGGAUUUUUACCUGGGAUCCAGUGGGGCUGCUGGGCUGGCCACAGGGCUGGCAACUUUGCAUAAAAGCAGGAGGAAGGGAGGGCAGGCAGGGGGACGUGUGUGUGUGCGCAAAAUAGGUGGCGAGGGAGCUGUGAUCUUCCUGCUCAGCUUCCUUGCAUGCCGCUUAGUGAUGCCACGCGCCGGAGUGAUGUCAUAUUCCUGUAAUGCAAACUGGCUGGUCGGCCACCCCAGGGGGGGCUCAAGGAUGGUCAGCCAACCAGCUCUUGGGCCCCCAUAAAACAAGGCUAACAAGGGAUUUUCCGGGGCAUUUGGGGGGCAGAGUUUUUUGACACCACUUGAAAGUGCCUCCCAAGACAAAUUCCUUGUUAGUCUUGCAGUAAAUACACUGCUGGUGUUGUGUGUAAUGGGUCAGCUAGUUGUUUUUGCAUGUUGUUUUGUGGGACUGCGUAUGACGAUGUGAUAAGGCAAGUAGGGGGUUUACUGUAGCAGGGUUAGGGGUGUAAGUGUGACAGAGUGAGUGGUUAAGUGUGAAAGGGUAAGUGUGGUGAGUGUGAAUGUGUUUGGGGUGAGUGUGACAGGCGGUGAGUGUGAAAUCUAUUCAAGCAGAUAGAUUUUGAUUUUGCUAAUGUAUCUAUUUUUACACAUUCUAGUCAAUCAAGAUUGGAAUAGAGACUUGCCAAACCUGAGGAAUCUUUCCAUUAGAGCUAUGAAGGAGUUAAAAAGUUUGGAUGGUCUGGUAGACGCGUUUCCCCAUAUUGUACAACUGGACUGCGCCAAUUCCAGCUCUCUAAGCUCUAUUAACACCACGAUGUUUGAAAGAGCAACGGACCUGCAUUACAUUAAUCUCCAAAAGUAAGUCAACAUGUCUUGUUACAUCGAUAGACACAGCCGGCUGUCUUUCCAUCUCCCAUGCCAUAAAAUAUUCUUGUUUUAUAAUAAUAUGUGUAUUUUAUAACAUAAAAAUAAAAUAUUGAAAGCUGAAAUUUAUUUCUGCAAAAUGUAUAAAGUAGGUGUGAUUAACAUGUUGGGGUACAAACUGGUAAAAGCUGAUACUAGCGCUAGUUUAUGAGUUAUGAAAGAGAGGGCAUAACAUGUUUUAAAAAUGCCACAGCAGCCUUUGGGGACUCUAUAUGCACCAUAACAAUUGAUGAUCAUUAUAUAGGAUGUGCGGUAAGUGAAUGUCUGUCGCUCAUUUGCUUAAAACCACAUAAAUUAGCCCACAAAAUGAUAUGUCACGGGUCUAAAUAUGUAAUUGCAAUCCAAGCAAGCCUCAACCUCAAUUAAAAGCCUCCAAUAUAUCUUAUAUGACAGUACUCAAUACAAAGUAGCAACAAUGGUGUCUGCUUUAAGUUUGGGGAGUAGUUUAAUUCAUGUCUUUUCAUGAAUGAAACGAUUGCUAGUGCUGAACGUUAUGUCUUGUAAACCCUAGCUGAGCAGAGGUUAGUGAGAUAUGUUUCACACUCCCAGUGAAAUAUUGGGGGUUCUUGAUUGGUUGACAUGUUCGUAGCUAAUUCCUUGUCUGGAUAGAGGUCACUGCAGUAGCUCUAAAUCAUCUCACCUAAUGUGUGCCAAGAAAAACACCAUUACACUACCAGUCUGAAUCAUUGGCACACGGUGGGUUGAAUCUAUAAAUAUAAACAAAGGGGUAAGUCUAUACUGUAUCAAAUACUAGUAUAGACUAAAGGGGUGGCACAACAAACAUGAACCAUACAACCUGUAUACACUAUAACACAGUUCUUCAAAGAAUCUAAAACAUGAAAAAAAUCACAUAAUAGUGAAGUAUGUACAGGAAUAUAUGAUUCAGUCCCGUAGAUAGAGAACUUACAAGACCGUGCUGUAGAUCUGCGCUUGUCUCCCUUCCAUAGGGUAUUAAAGUAGCGUACUCUUUCUCAGUGGGCUUGUGUGUAUGGACCAAAAAGGCGUAGAUUCAGAACACCCAAUCCUCAAAUAAAAAGAGGUAUAUAGAGCAGUAUUGCAAACAAAGAUAGAUUUAUUAAUACAAAUUGCACUUACAUCAAGUGAAGAUUAUAGCAGCAUAUCACCACUCACAAGUGGUACCGAGGAAAAGAAGUCCCUCUGUGAUAAUAUAAAAAUAUAAAAUAAAAAUAAAAAAUAAAAAAUAAAAAUAAAAAUAUAACUCUUUUGGUAUCCAUGAUACUUACAUAUAUAUAUAUAUAUACUUUUAAUUUAAUUUUAUUAUUAUUAUUAUUAUUUUUAUUUUUAUUUUUAUAUUUAUUUUUAUUUUUAUUUUUAUUUUUUAUUUUUAUUUUAUUUUUACAUUCAUUAUAUUUCUUUAUAUUUCUUUGCAGUAUAUAUUUCUUUGUAGAUUAUUUUUUAUAUUUUAUAUUUUUCAUUUUUUAUACUAUAUUGUGUUGGGUAAAGUUUAGAGACAGCUUUCCAGCUUGGGACGCCCGGUUCUCCUUACAGCCGAUCGGCUGUCGGGUCUUCCGUGCGUUCCACGGUGGAACGCGGAAGUACCGCUUAGGAUAUUGUAUCAUGUGUUAUGGACGUUUUGCGUUCCAGUAUGGAACGCGGAAGUGAGAUCUUGUUCUACAUCCGUCCGAGAGGGUUAUUUUGUUCAACCAAUCAGAAUGAGGCAAGACCGAAACCCGGAAGUAAAGGUUUUUCCGCGGCAAUUUCAAGAUCUUUUUGGAGCCUUAUAAAAGAAGGACUUUCUGGACACUUUCUUAUCCCUGAAGAAGUCUACAUAGACGAAACGCGUUGGAUAUUGAUCAGGAAUACCUUUUUUCUUCUUUUUUGUUAUUUUAUUGUUUUUAGUAUACAAUUAUUUUUUAUAUUUUUAUAUUAUCACAGAGGGACUUCUUUUCCUCGGUACCACUUGUGAGUGGUGAUAUGCUGCUAUAAUCUUCACUUGAUGUAAGUGCAAUUUGUAUUAAUAAAUCUAUCUUUGUUUGCAAUACUGCUCUAUAUACCUCUUUUUAUUUGAGGAUUGGGUGUUCUGAAUCUACGCCUUUUUGGUCCAUACACACAAGCCCACUGAGAAAGAAUACGCUACUUUAAUACCCUAUGGAAGGGAGACAAGCGCAGAUCUACAGCACGGUCUUGUAAGUUCUCUAUCUACGGGACUGAAUCAUAUAUUCCUGUACAUACUUCACUAUUAUGUGAUUUUUUUUCAUGUUUUAGAUUCUUUGAAGAACUGUGUUAUAGUGUAUACAGGUUGUAUGGUUCAUGUUUGUUGUGCCACCCCUUUAGUCUAUACUAGUAUUUGAUACAGUAUAGACUUACCCCUUUGUUUAUAUUGUAUUGGUGUAUGUGAGGUACACUUCUGGGUGUUUUGGCACUGUUUUGUGGUUUUUGCUUGGGAUAUUAUAUAGUGCCUCUUUCUUUUUUCUGUUUAUUGAAUCUAUAAAUAUGAUUCCAUUGUAUCUCAUCUACUUUAUAUGUUAAAACAAACACAGCCAGAAUCUCAACCAAGAUCCACAUUGGUACAAAUGCUUCAAAUGUCCUCCCUAAAAUGCUGAGUAGACUAAAUGUAAUAUCCUGGAUGAAGCAGUAAAUAAAUGGAAAGAGGAGGGAUGUGAAAAUGAACUAGGAAAGGUAAAACAUUGUAAUAAAGUAAGAAGACAUUAUGAUAGGAAGACCUGCGUUGAUCAUGCAUGGGGACUUUUACACGUGCUAGGGCCAUUUCCCUCUUAUUUGGAGUCACAACAUGCCGUAAUGGUAUGACUUACAAGUAAGAUUUUACUAUACUUAGGGAGGGGGGCAGGGGGGUUAGGGGGGCAAAGGGAAAGGAGGGGGGCUAGAUGGUGAUUUUAACACUAUAGGGUCAGGAAUACAUGUUUGUGUUCCUGACCCUAUAGUGAUCCUUUAACCUCAGACUAAGGGGUUGUAUUGUUCCUGCAUUAGUAUUGAUGCUACUCAAGUCUCCAUAAUGAGUUGUGUCAUUCUUGCCUUAUGAUGGGACUCAUCCCAUAUGUCACUUGUGUCCUUCUCAGGUCAUUAUUGAUGUGAAACUAGUAUCCAGCCAUUCCUGUCUCUCCUGUGAUGAUAAAAAACAAUCAUUCCAAGCCUAGGGCUAUUUAAACCCCUCCUGCCAUCGUCUUGUUGCCAUGUUACGGUUCUUCUUAACCAAAUAGCUUGUUCUUUGCAGUUGUGUUGGUUCUAACCUAGACUUGUUUAUAGAUUGAGGAAAAGGAGAGUGGGAAGAAACCACCCAGUACAUAUAAAAUUCAAUUAAAUACAACCUGGGAAAUAGACCAGGAUGAUACAAUCAAUAUGAACCUGUAAUAGGAAUAAACACUACAUAGCGUAAUACAGUAAUAAUAAAGUGAAAUUUGUGUUGUUUGGUAUUAAACUCACAAACAUGAGAGAAAGCAGCCUUCUCACCCCACCCGGGGUUAAAACGAAUGUAGAGCUAGUGAAUAUGAACCACAGUAAUCUUCAUAGAAUUCAAGCAGGCAGCAAAUCUGGGCAUAUCUCCACACAAAUGUGGAACCAGGUAGCAGGAAGCAUUAAAACCAAAAUUAAUACAUAAAAUAAAAUCAAAGUCCAUAUAAAGUUACAGUGCAGGUGUCUAUAUCUUGUUUAUAGAUUGUCCUGAUCUGAGUGCUCUUGACAAAUCGUUAUUCUAAAAAGAAGUAAAUAAGAAGAUUUUGGAGGAAAUAAAAAUAAAGGAACACUCCAAUGGUAAAAAAAAGAAGUAAUUUUAUGUUUUUAACAAUUUAGUAGCUAUAACCCAAAUGAAUAAACUCAUGCAUUAAAAUAACACAUUUUUAUAUUUUCAUUGGGGUUAUAUCUAAAAACUGCUCCUAAAAGCUGCAUAUAUAUCUUGCAAAGCCUUUGCAAGCCCUCCCCUUCUUACACCGCUUAGACUUUCUGUGGCCAAUUUCUAUUUAGAUGUGAAGCACUUCAACAAGCUAAAUCUUUAAGAACUACUGUCACUCACUAUGACUAUAUUGGAAUUUCCCUGAAUUUUCAACACAGUCAAAAGAUUUACAAAGACAAACCGUGACUACUUUGUCUUAGUAGUUUUCCUACGCUUGACAAAACUUGCCAACAAGCAGGGCUAACACCAUAAUAGGCAUUGUCUAUAGGAUCCCGCGUUCUAGCAAAAUACGCAAAGACCGCCGACAGUGACAGAGCCACUUUGACUACAUUUUUUAAAUGCUGAAUUUUUUAAAUGCUGAUGAGCAUGCAAGAUGAUAUAGCAGUACGGGAUUCUGUAACUUUCUGCUAUAUGUUAAAUGACACCUAGAAUGUGAAACAAAGGAUUUCUAUGUGAUUUGUAUAGAUGAUAAAUCAACUCAAUAGACUGUAUGUGUCACUUUAAUUUGCAUAACAAAAAUCGCUCUUGAUAAAUCCCUCUUGUGUUUUAUCUGAAAUCAAAACAUGAGAACAGUUUCUCCAAUUAUCAUUAUUUUUUAUUUAUCCAGUUUGUGCAUUUCUUGAAAAUCUAAUUAAACAUUUUUUUUUAAAUCUUUUUGUAGCUGUAAUUUGACCUCCAUAUCACCUUGGAACAUCAGUUCAAGAAAAAUGAAUCUUACCCUCCAUGACAAUCCACUGACCUGCAACUGUGAAUUUUCACUGUGGCUGUCAAAGCACCCAGAGGUUAAACUGCUCAGGUACCGUAAACAGUGGUUUUGAAAUACCACAUGUUUUUUUGCUCGUGGUAUAAACGUUUCCAACAGAGUAUAAAUGUUUAAUAACCAUCAAUUCAAAAUGAUUCCACUGGGGCACAAAACCCAAAAAUCUGAAUAAACUGAGAUUUACUGGCACAAAAAAAAAAGAAACGUCCUGACGGCUACUUACUCGAAUCAUGAAAAAAUAAGCAGAUAUUGUGACAAAUAAAAAUAUUCCAGAGGUCGUCAUCAUAGAGGGAAUUCUAGUAGAAAAAUGGAUUUGUGAUAAAAACCAUUGAAUAUGAAUAGGGAGCUACACUUGAGAUGUAUCAUCAUCAGUUGUCAAUCAGUGUCAAGAAUGCUAUAAAGCAAAAAGGCCAGGUGAUAAUUCAAAAAUAGUCAACAAUAAUAUUAAAAAAGUCACUUCGCUGUCCAUGAAGCAGUAAGGACUUGCUUUUCAUUGGACAUUAUUAUAUAAGUAUGAACUUUCCAUUAGACUCUUUUUAUUAGCUACGUGGUGCCUCUAUUGCUGUAUAGACCAAACCCCCCCACCCCCCACCCCCCAGUUUCUUGUCCCAAUAAUGUGCUAGACCAAUUGCUGUUCCAGAAGGAUGUUUGUGCCCUCUUGUAUUAUUGGUGUCAAUCUCCCCAAAACUAGAAAAUGGCAAAAAACUCUCUAUAAAAUGGCAAAUAAUUGGGCAGUGAGACUGCAUGGGACAUGCUCUAUACACCAUAACUGCUUCAUUAAGCUAAUGUUGACAAAUUAUUGCCCUGCAACCUUUCAAAAAAAGACUUAUCUGCAAUCCAGAGCCGUGCGUAGCUCUUAGCGCUGACUUCCAUGGCCCCUCCGUGGUCAGAAGGGCCUUGCUUAGUCUAAUCACAGGCUUCUCAUAGAGAACAAUGUUACAAAAAAAAAAAAAAGAUGUUUGUUCACACACUGGUUAUAACACACUUUUAUUGAAGUGGAAUGGCAAACAUUUCAGCUCACUCUCAAGUCUUUCUCGUGACAAUCAGGCAGCUUUCAGUCUGGCUAAAAUCCAGAGCAAAUUCAGGCUUGUUCUGAUUCUACUCUGCAAAAUAUGUAAAUUGUUAAACAAUGUGAACCAUGUCGAGAUUUUGCCGUUCGUAUGGCCCAUACAGCACCAGAUGUUUUGCCCACAUUUAGUAUGGGACCAUUCAGCCAUGUGGAUAGAUGGAUGGAUAGUUAGAUGGAUAGGUGGAUGGAUGGAUGGAUGGAUAGAUAGAUAGAUGGCUAAUCUGUGGAUUUAUAAAAAAAAAAUUAAAAAACGAUAUAAACAAUUGUCACUGUUCAAAAAUAUGAUAUAUGAAAAUUAACAAUAAUUUUUUAAUCUUUUAGGAUAAAUGAAACUUCCUGCCAAAGAGAUUCUGUUUCCUUUUCACUGUACUCAGAUUUAAUGCUGUGUCAGCUAAACUCCAUAAAUGACACCUAUAAUCUAACAGAAGAAAAUGAAAACAUCCCAACGUUGUCACAUCCACACGUUGUCACAUCCACGGGAAGGAAUGAAUAUGUAGGAACAUCUAACGACUCCUUAAAACUGACAUCCACUUCUCAGGACAAAGCAAGUAAACUAUCUGUUAUUAAAAGCAUUAUUGUUUUCAAGACAACCUCUACGGACUCCAGCUUAACAGCUGCCCUUCCGAAAUUACUAUUAUUUUCUCCUGAUAAUCAAGAAACUACAAUAGGUCCUAACCUAAAACAAGUCUCCACGGAACACCAUGCAUAUUCCACCAAUGGUGUUUUAGGUUCCACAACUAGAGAACAAAUUGAACAAAGGUCUGUUACGUCUCCAAACCUUUUGACUGUAACUAGCGCAAUUCAAGUUGAACAAACAACCCAGCAAACCACAGAUAUAAUUACACAAAAAAGUAUCAAAAUUCAUGGCGUCAAAGGCAAUAACCCAAGAGAGAGCUCUCCUUUUGUUGAAAUUCCUAUGGACUAUGACUAUCACGGUGCAGAGGAUAAACCAAAAACAACAAUCAUGAAUCAGGUGGUGUCUUGUGAUUAUGACCCUUGUAGGCACCUACAGACGCCCUGCUUUGAUCUUCAGCAGGACAUGCACUGUUUGUGCCCUGGACUAUCAGGUGAAAACAUUGUUCCUGAACCGCCACGGCUACGGGAAGUGACAGAGAUAACAGACACAUCAGCACAAAUCCAUUGGUGUGCACCAAAUUCUGUAGUGCACAAGUAUCAACUUGUAUAUUACAUGGCAGGUUAUGAAGACCAGAGUGUGGUAGACAACAUCUACGAAACCGCAAGACAAUACACGCUAUAUAAUCUAUUACCCGAUACAAUGUAUCGCAUAUGUGCAGUUAGUGUUAAUAAAGCAGGGGUCAGUAAUACAGAAAAUGAUAAUUUGUCAAAAUCUCCAUGCACUGAAUUUAAAACCAAGCCAAGUUACAUUAUCAUAAUGGCCACAUUAAGUGCCCUGUGUGGCUUGUUUUUAGUUGCCAUAACAGUAAUGUCAGUGUGUUUAUACAAGAUGCGCAAAAAUAAUCUGCUUAAUCAGUAUGAUACACAUCUUGUUUCCUAUAAAAAUCCUGCAUUUGACUAUCAAUUAACCAUCCCAUCUUAUAACUAAUAUGGUUUAAUUUCCAUACCUAUCUGUAUAAAAUGUGUAAUUUGGAUUUUGGAGAGAGAGGAUUGUAACAUUGAAUAAAACCCAGUCCCAAUAUACUGUAUAUCCAAUAUAUUCAUGCCUUUCUUUUACAGAAGUAUAAACAUUAAGUUAUUUUUGGCCAAAUGAAAAACAGCAAUAAUAAUAUUAUGUUAAAUUUUAUAAAGGCAUGGAACAAAUUCUUAGAGUCAUGAAUGUUACAUUUUCAUUUAUAUUGAUGCAACCUGUAUAUUGGUAGAACUUGUAGGUCCUACUCGAACAGCCUAAUGUCUGCUUCAUGAGCUACUUACUUGGGGGGGAAAAAUCCAUCUAUUUUUUUUAUAAGUAUAAAGACUUUAUCACCAUUUUUUAUACAUCUCUAUUGUAUUUUUUUUGUUUUUGUUUUUAGAAGGGCCCCCAAACUAUAGAACAUAAUGGCUCGAUUUAGUUUAUUUGCAGUUCUUUUUAAGCUGUUCUGGAAGUUUAAAUAAAAUAUUAUGCAUUUUUAAGUUGCACAGAGCUUUCCCUUCUCAGCUCGAGAAAGCGAUUGUGUUGGAACUUCAGUAAAAGUUCAAGUGCUUUUUCACUACUGUAAUGUGCCAAACCUUUUCUUUUAAAAUUCUCAUUUAAAGCAGCCACCGAUUCGCUUUUGCACCUGCACAAAUAUGAGUAGUACGAGUGUGUGUUGGUGUCUCAUCUUUUUUUGUAUGUUUUUAAGCAGACAGUGCUGGUUGUGAAGGCCUUGAAGAGUCCAUGCGGUUUUCUAAAACUUCAUAAAAGUGAAAACAUAAAUUCUUUACUUUUCCAUAAGGUAAAAUAUAUUGUUGAAGUUUAUUGGUUCACUGGAUCCAUACUAAACAUAUGUUGCUAUUUCUUAAAGUGACUGUCACCUUCCUGGUAUUUUUAUUAUAUAAAUUUUGCAAAGACGGAUGGUGACGUUGCCGCUUGGUGUGCGGUGGUCGGGAAGAAGCUAUACAUACCUGAUGGUGUGCCCACUGGGAAGCCACCUUUAAUCUUCACCUCCUCCUUCAUUAGUCCAUGUCGGUGCUUUACACACAUGUAUGAGAGAUUGAGAAUGUCUAUGAUGGAUCGAGACUGCGGGAGCCUCCAUAGAUAUUAACUUCUAUAAACCCACUAUUUUUAUUGUAGUUCCAUAACAAUAGCAAAUACAUAUCACAAUCAAAGCUCAUAUUCAGUGAAUUGUAUUUUUCUCUCUAUUUCUAUCAUAAUAAUGACUCUACUGGCUGCUUUGAUAGAAGAGUACAGCAGAAGAGACUGAAGAGUAAUCUGGCCCAUGUAGAUAAAGAUUGAUUACAUAACCAAUAGUGUUAUCUUCAAUUACAUUUUC